CAAGAAUCAGCCAAUGUCAUCCAAUGCCGCCUCGAAUAAGUGAAUUCCCGUGCUUGAGAGCACUCAGCUCGGCACUGCCCUCCACGAAUUGCAGACAGGGAGCGUGGACUCUGCGGACCUUCUCGGCGUCUCGAUCGCAUCAAGCAAAGUCCAAAGGGGAACAUCGCUAUCGCGACCCUUAUGUUGCUGCUCAAGCGAGAGCAAGAAAAGCCGCCAAUAUAUCGAAACAGGAAGCAUUGAAAUUGAAUCGCGCGCGUGCAUUGGGAGAUCCAGUUCGUGGUCUAGAGACCGAAUUCGUCCGCUCCUUCGACACAGCGAGUGAACACGACACGGCUGGAGGAGAAGAGAAAGAUCAACCACGACUCAACUAUUCCCUCACACAGCACGAGAUUGACACACAACUUACCAAGUCAAAAGCUCUGGUUGAGCCGGCUCCCUUGUCAAAGCAUGAGUUAGAGCACGUUCGAGACGUCAACAAAUCGAGGAUCCUGAGGAAGCAUGAGCAGAAUAUGGAGCAAUGGGCUGCAGCACACGAGACGGUUAAAGAGGCAGUUAAACGAAUCACAAAUCUUGAGAGCGGUAAUUCGAAGGAUCGAUUUAGGAUCAACGUCGAAAGGUGCAUACGGACAUUCGGUCGACACGAAACGGAUAAAUAUCUUCCCCAUCGCACAUCCUCUGUACCUCUUGGACCUGGAGGUCUUCCUUUGUCCGAUCACGAACCUGCACCACUGCCCCUUAAAAAGAGGUUGGGGCCAGAUACCGGAUCGCCGGAAGUUCAGAUUGCCAUCCUGACCGCCAGGAUCAGAAACCUAGCAAACCAUCUUGACAGGGUUGGGAGCAGCAGGGACAAGGUCAACAAGCGUAAUUUGAGGCUACUUGUGCACAAAAGACAGAAGCUGUUGCUAUAUCUAAGGAGAAAGGAAAGGGCUGGACCGAGAUGGCAAAGAUGUAUUGAAAUGUUAGGUCUGACGGAAGGUACAUGGAAGGGAGAGAUCAGCUUGUGAUCGGGAAGCAUGCGCAUCCUAGGAUAAGGAAUACGUGUAUUGAUAGAAGCCUGCAUGCGCACAACAGGCGUCUGUAGUGCACAAAAUCUGUACUUUGUGUUUGGUGUACACUUUGAGAUUGCGUAUGACCUUAACUAUUCAAAUAAUUUUUAUAUUCUAAGACUUCUUUGUA